AUGGCUGCUUCCGGGAUCCACUGUAUGCAGAUUAACUUGCAUCAUUGUAAAGGCGCUUCUGCGACUCUAGCCAGGAACUUUGCAAGGAUACAGGCAGCUAUAGCCUUUGUUCAAGAACCUUGGGUUUACAAGGGUAAGAUUAGAGGUCUCAGUGGCUGUGGGGUGCUAGUUAGUUCACCACAGGAACCAGUUCCAAGGGCUUGCCUGAUCUAUAAAGGUCUAGAUGCUUUCCCUCUAUUGGAAUUAACUACCAGGGACUUAGUUGUUGUUAAGGCUAAGUACCUAGAAAAGAACGGAAAUAAAAGGGAGGUUGUAGUAGCUUCCGCAUAUUUUCCGGGAUCGGGGGAUGACCCCGCACCACCUACAGAGGUGGAGAAGUUGGGUAAUGAGCCGACUUUCGUUACUGUUAACAGAAAAGAGGUGUUGGAUAUUACGAUCUGUUCCAAGUCUUUGUGUGAUGGCGUGAGGGACUGGAGGGUGUCUGAUGAAGAUUCCCUCUCGGACCACAGGCUUAUAACGUUUAGAUUGGAAUCGAAGGAUCGGGAACAGGAGUGGGGACGUAAUCCCAGGAGUACUGACUGGGCUUCAUAUAUUAAAGACCUCAAGACAUCCAUGGCAUGCUUCCCCACUUCGUAUGGAACGCGGGAGGAGUUGGAACUUGCAGCGGAAUACCUGCGAGAUUCUAUUAUCUGCUCCAUUGAAAGGAACUGUGUAGUUAAGAAAAUGGGCUUCAAUGGGGGUAGUAAGCGGUGGACCCCUCGUUUGGAGGAACAUAGAAAAACAGUAAGAAAGCUUUUUAAUAAAGCCAAGAAACGUAGGCAUCAGCGAGCAUGGGAUGAAUAUCAUACCGCUCGCGAUUCUUACAAGAAAGAAGUAGAGAGGACAAGGAGUGACAGCUGGAGAAGUUUUUGCGAAGGAAUCGAGAGGGUACCAGAAGCAUCAAGACUUCAUAAAGUACUAGCUCGAGACCCAAUAGCAAAAUUAACUACUAUUAAGCUGCCUAAUGGGCAGUAUGCCCAGGAUAAAAGGGAGUGUAUAAAGCACCUAAUGGAGGACCAGAUAGGAACCGAGGAUAUCGGGAACACUGGAAACUAG